UUGCAGCUAUUCUUCCGUCAAGUGAAUCCUUUAUCUGUAUCGGCGAAGGCUGCUCUAGCUGAUGUCAAACGCAGGCAUAAUGAGAUUGUCGAGUUGGAGAAGAGCAUACAGACAAUGCAAGAAAUUUUUGUCGACUUGCAAAAUCUCACAGAAAUACAGGUCCAUCUCGUAAAGUUUAACGAAAUGGUAGACAACAUUGCACAAAAUAUUGAGACCACUAAGGAUCACGUGGAACAAGGUGCUCGAAAUGUAAAGCUUGGAUUAGAGUACAAGAAGAGCGCAACGCGAAAGAAGAUAUUGCUCGCAUUGGUAAUCAUCAUAAUUCUUCUCAUCGUGGUUGCAAUCAUAUUGGCGGUCUUCCUUUCGAACCGCAAAUAA